CUUCAGACUUUGGGCACAGCAGUGCAUGACACUGCUCACUCGAUCACAGACCAAGGCCAUGGACCGGAAGGCGGGAGAAUCCCUCUUGGCCUAUGAGGAACGCCUGGCGGCAUUCAUUCAGGAGGCCAACGAUAGGGCCGCCGCCGCGUCCAAGGAACAUAAUCGGCUCGAACAAGAGGAGGAGGCCAAGCAACAGAAGGCGCAACAGGACCGACUUCGUCAAGAGGAGGCAGACCUGCAGGCGGCAGCCGAACACCGGUCACGCCAGCGGGAACGACUGUUCACGCGGGAGACCGUGAUCGGCGAUGAGGCCGCACAUUGGGUGGAAAUGGCGUCUGCAAACGGGCCCCCGAAGACUGAGAAAGGGUUGUUAGCCCUUGCGCAGGUCUCCCACGACCUCGUGGCCACCUGCGCUCUGCAGCAGGAGGAAAUCCUUCACCUGCAGCAGACAGUGGGCCAGAUGCUCGCACGGCUGCAGGCGUUGGAGAAACAGCCAGCUGCUGUAGCAGCCGCAGAGCCUUCCAACCUUUCCACCCGCGUUCAAGUUUUGGAGGAUGACAUCAGCAACAUCAAGAGUGUGCAUCAGGACUUCCGGACGUCGCAGCAAGCAACGAACUUGCAGUUGGAGACCCAGGUCCAGGCUGCUGCCACCGUGAAGCCCGCGGCCGCAUCCUCCCGGCGCCCACCCAAACUGGAUAACAUUCCAGUUUUUUGCGAUCAGUCCAAGACGGAAUCGAUCCCGUGGCGCCAAUUUACUCUCAGGCUCGACAUGCAUUAUGUCCCGAACAACGAUCGACAUCCGUGCUUGUACCACCGAUCUGGUGGUGCAUGUCAAGCAUGGCUGGACAACAUCUUGACCAGCCACGGCGUAGCAGUGGCCCGCGAGUUUGUCUCGCAACGGUACGCAGAAAACAACGCACCGUUGCUCUACGUUCGCAUUCAGAUUGGGCAAGCGGCCUGCAACGCUUUGCUAGAUUGCGGCGCAACUCGCAACUUCAUCAGCCAGUCCUUCAUGACUCGGGCUGGCCUUGGCGCACAAGUACGAAGAAAGUCACAUCCGACGACGGUCGCUCUUGCCGACGGUAAGACGAAACAACUUUUAGACCGUUACAUCUCGGCUGUCCCGGCGUACUUUGCACCGCACGCAUGUGAACCCGUCAUUUUUGACGUGUUGGACACCGACUUCGAUGUCAUUUUGGGGAUGCCUUGGCUUUCUAGCGCGGACCACAUGGUCAAUUUCCAUCGACGCACGCUCACGAUUCGUGAUGCAGCUGGCGCCGAGGUCCUGUGUACUAUUCCUCCUCCUCGCUCUUCUAUUCGGUGCCAAGUCGUGAGUGCCAAAUCUUUUCGAGACACAUGCCGUUCCGAGCAUGUCGAAGAGAUCGGCAUCGCUUUUCUUCGAACCAUUCCGACGACCGACUCAUCGUCCACGGAUUUGUCUUCCGACCCCCGUGUGACCCGGUUGUUAGAUGAGUUUUCGGAUGUUUUUGAGACACCCUCCGAUAUAGUGCCGGACCGGCCGAUCUCUCACGAGAUCAUACUCGAGGUCGGCGUCAUGCCACCAAAGGGAUGCAUUUACCGCAUGUCCGAGGAAGAGCUCACGGUUCUCCGUGCGCAACUCGACGAUCUACUUGACAGGGGUUGGAUCCGCCCUAGCAGCUCACCUUACGGUGCGCCCGUUCUCUUCGUUCGGAAGAAGAACAAGGACCUUCGACUUUGCAUUGACUACCAACGCCUCGACACGCAAACCAUCAAGAACGCGGGGCCUCUACCUCGCAUUGACGAUUUGCUUGAGCGGUUGGGCAGCGCCAAGUACUUUUCGAAGUUGGACCUCAAGUCGGGCUACCAUCAGAUUUCCAUCCGCCCGCAAGAUCGGUACCAAACCGCGUUCAAGACACGAUAUGGGCAUUUUGAGUGGGUAGUUAUGCCUUUUGGCCUCACCAAUGCCCCGGCCACCUUUCAGGCGGCCAUGACCACCGAGUUUCACGCUGUGUUGGACCGCUUCGUCUUGGUCUACUUAGACGACAGCCUCGUCUAUAGCCAAACUCUAGAGGAGCAUCUUGAGCACCUUCGCCGUGUUCUAGAGACUCUUCGGUCAGCCCGGUACAAAGCUAACCGCGACAAAUGCGAGUUUGUCCGACAAGAGCUUAAAUACUUUGGUCAUUUCGUCUCUCCGGAAGGCAUUCGUCCGUUGUCGGACAAGAUUCAAGCCAUCCAGGAGUGGCCCGAACCGAAGAAUGUGACGGACGUCUGAUCCUUCAUCGGCUUGGCCAGUUAUUAUCAACGCCUCAUCAAGGCUUACUCG